GCGGCCGGGCGGAAUCAACCAUAGAGCGGCGGGGAGGCUGGGAGGGGGGGGAAGGCGACGCCUCCGGAAGUGACGCCGCGCGGGCAGCGCACCCGGAAGCGGCGGACUCGCAUGCGGUGAGAGCGGGGCCCCGGCGUCCGGGGGGCCCAGGCGUCCGGCAUGUCGCAGGCCACCAAGCGGAAGCACGUGGCGCGCGAGGUGCUGGACGAGCGCGUGGUGCCGUCGCCGCGGCAGCGCAUCGUGCGGGUGCUGGGGACGCCGGGGAACAACCUGCACGAGGUGGAGACGGCUGAGGGGGGGCGCUUCCUCGUCAGCAUGCCCCCCCGCUUCCGCCGCCACAUCUGGAUCAAGAGAGGGGACUUCCUGCUCGUGGACCCCAUCGAGGAGGGCGAGAAGGUGAAGGCCGAGAUGCGGCUGGUGCUGUUCCGCGACCACGUCCGCUUCCUGCAGCGCCAGGGGCUCUGGCCCGAGGCCUUCGCCCCGGCGGCCGGACAGAGCCCACGGCGGGGGGAGGCCGCGGGCGAGGACGGGGAGCUGUUCGUCAACACGAACCGCGUUGGCGCCGGGGACGAGGACACGGACGACACGGAGGACGACACGGAUGACGAGGACACGGAGAACACGGAUGACGAGGACACGGAUGACGAGGACACGGGCACCACGGAGGACACGGGGGACAGCGAGGACAAACACGGGGACACGAGGGACGGUGGCGCCCAGGACACGCGGUGCCCGUGACGUGUUCCCCCCCCAGGACACGCAAUGCCACGGACACGUGACACCGAGGACAUGCCAUGCCACGGCCACGUGACGCCACGGCCACGUGACACCGAGGACACGUGACACCCCCAAAAUAAAGGACCGUCCCCACA